UAGUCCGGAAGUAGAUUCACCAUCCCACUUCCGCUUCCUGUGCCGCAGCGGCUGUUUCAAACCCCGAAGUUUGCGUGUUUUUAAGAAGAAUCCGCGGUUGUGCAGAGAACAUGAUCGACGCGGACGAAGUCGCUCGGUUGUGCUACGAGCGUUUCGAGCGGCUGCCCCGGAGAGGGAAGCCCGAGCCGGGCAGAGAGUGGACCCUGCUGGCCGCGGUGGUGAAGGCUCAGCGGGGUCGCAGCUCCGCCGCAGCUGGGCUGGAGGUGGUUUCCAUGGGAACCGGGACCAAGUGCAUCGGUCAGGCAGCCAUGAGCCCCAGAGGCGACGUUCUCAAUGACAGCCAUGCAGAGGUCAUAGCCAGGAGAGGCUGCAUCAGGUAUCUGAUGGAGGAGCUGCAGGAGGCCGUCAGCGGUCGGAGCAGCGCUGUGUUCCGUCCGUCUGAUCAGCGAGGAAAAUGGACGCUCCAGCCCGGCGUUUCCUUCGUCUUCUUUACCAGCCACACUCCCUGCGGCGAUGCCUCCAUCAUCCCGGUGACUCACGGCCUCCAGGCCUGCCAGGCUCAGCCCUGCGAUCCCGUCACUCCGGUGGGACGGACGGAUGCAGGAAGUUCCCUGAAAAGAAAAGCUGAAGAACCGGAAGGACCAAACUCAAAGAUUACUCAUGUGGAGGAGCAGCAGACCAGAGGAGGAGGCUCUGAAAACCGCCAUGAGGCUGAGCAUCAAGCCGAGCCGCAGGCCGGAACCAGAACUCCGUCUGAGCCGCAGGCCGGAACCAGAACUCCAUCUGAGCCGCAGGCCGGAACCAGAACUCCAUCUGAGCCGCAGGCCGGAACCAGAACUCCAUCUGAGCCGCAGACCGGCAGCGUGGAGGAGCGCCCUCAGGUCCCAGAUGUUCACCGGACGGGGGCCAAGUGUGUCCCCGGCGGGCCGGCCGAUCCCCGGCUGCCGGGCUCGCGGUACCACAGCACCGGGCUGCUGCGGGUGAAGCCCGGAAGAGGAGAGCCCACCCUGUCCCUCUGCUGCAGCGACAAGCUGUGCCGCUGGGGGGUGCUGGGCUUCCAGGGAGCGUUGCUGUCUCACUACCUGCAGGAGGCGCUGUACUUCAGCACCCUGGUGGUGGGUCGGUGUCCGUACAGCGCCGAGGCUCUGCACCGAGCUGUGAUUGACAGGUGCGCUCACGUAUCAGAACUCCCGUCUGGGUUCUCUUUAUGUUCCCCCGUUCUGCUGCAGUCCAGCCUGGAGUUCCCCUUCAGCCAGAACCGGGCCCGGCUUCAACACCGACCCGGACAGGGGCGCAUCUCCCCCUGUGGAGCAGCCAUCAGCUGGUGUCAUGUGACCCAGCAGCCUCUAGAUGUCACUGCCAACGGCUUCAAACACGGAGUCACCAGGAAGGAGCUGAACACGCCAGCAGCCAGGUCUCGUCUGUGUAAGCUGGAGCUGUUCCAUUCUUUCCUGACUCUGGUGAAAGCCACCGACCCCUCAUCACUGCCCGACUCUCUCAGGACGGCGGAGCUGGAAACCUACUGGGACUACAAGCAGGCGUCCCAGUCGUACCAGCAGGCCUGGCUGCAGCUGCGCAGACAGGCCUUCCCUCUGUGGCCGCGCGCAGACAGAUCUCUUCUUCUCUUCCAAUAAAGCUGAGUGCUCAACAGGAAGAAGGCGUUCAGGAUGUAAAGCAGCUCUGCCUCAUCAUAAAAGUCUGUAAACGUUGAAUAAACGACUGAAGUCUC